AAAAUAAGCUCACCGCACAUCAUUUAUUCUGUUAUCUAUGCCGCACACUCAAAAAAAAAAAGUUACUUUUUUUUCUUCUUUUUUUUUUAAUAACAAUUGUUAAUUUUUUUUCUGUUAAAUGACUAUAGCAUUAGACGAAUACACAUCAGCAAAUUUAAACUUAAAUUCUACUCCUGAAUUUACUGAUUUAAAUAAUUGGCGUCUGAAAGUUGAUCAAGGUGCUCAGACAUGGCACUAUUUGACAACAGAUGAAGAACGUAAAGCUUGGCCACAAACCCUUUGGGAUAGAUAUCACUUGGGUCUUCCUCUUGAUGUGCCAGAACUUGAAAAACCAAAGACUCCACUUGAGGCAGCUCGAAAUGGGUUUGAAUUCUAUCGUCGACUUCAAACAGAAGAUGGUCAUUGGGGAGGAGAAUAUGGAGGGCCCAUGUUUUUGAUUCCUGGUUUGAUUAUUACUUAUUAUAUUACAAGAACACCUGUACCAGAGCCUAUGCGUUUAGAAUUGAUUCGAUAUUUAUUAAACAGAGCUCAUCCAGAGAAUGGUGGCUGGGGUAUUCAUAUUGAAGGUGUUUCGACCAUCUUUGGUACUGGUUUAAAUUAUGUAGCCUUGCGUAUUUUGGGUUUAGGUCCAGAUCAUCCUGCGAUGGUAAAAGCACGUAAUCAUCUUCAUAGUCUAGGUGGUGUUACAGGUAUUCCUGCUUGGGGCAAGUUUUGGUUAGCUGCUUUGGGUGUCUAUGAUUGGAAAGGUGUUAACCCUAUACCUCCCGAGUUAUGGAUGUUACCAGAUUGGGUUCCGGUUUGUCCAGGUAACUGGUGGGUCCAUACACGUUUAGUUUAUUUACCAAUGGGCUAUAUUUAUGCUCGUCGGUUAAGUGCACCCCUGACUACCUUUACACAAUCCCUUCGUGAAGAGCUUUAUGUUGAACCUUACGAAAGCAUUAAUUGGGAUAAGCAAAGAAACAACGUAAAUCCCGUUGAUUUAUAUACCCCUCAUUCAAAAAUUAUGGAUGUUCUCAAUUAUGGUUUGACGUACUAUGAAUCAUUUGCUUCAAAGCUGCCUUGGCUUCGAGAUUAUGCUCUUAAAUUAACAGUGAAUCAAAUUAAAAUGGAAGAUGAAAAUUCGUUUUAUUUAGAUAUUGGUCCAGUUAACAAAGCCAUGAAUUGGCUUGUAGUCUAUUAUCAUUAUGGUAAAGAUUCAUAUGAAUUUAAAGAACACGUCAAGAGAAAUGCAGAUUUUAUGUGGAUGGGACCAGAAGGUAUGAUGAUGAAUGGUACAAAUGGUAGUCAACUUUGGGAUGCUGCCUUUAUUGCUCAAGCUUGUGUUGAAGCUCGAUUAGCUGAUAAUAUGAAGUAUCGUGAAAAUAUGAUUAAAACACUUGAAUUUCUUGAUAUAACUCAGAUUCGUCGUAAUCCACCUAAUAUGAAAGAAAGUUAUCGUCAAGCAUCAAAAGGUGCUUGGCCAUUCAGCACAAGAGAUCAAGGUUAUACUGUAUCCGAUUGUACAGCGGAAGGUAUGAAAGCAACUAUUGCACUACAAAAGACACCUGGUAUACCUUCCUUGAUUAAUAUCACGCGUCUUCGUCAAGCAGUAGAUGUCUUACUCACUAUGCAAAAUGCAAAUAAUGGAUUUGCUUCAUAUGAAACAAUUCGUGCUACACAUCUUUUAGAACUUUUAAAUCCUGCAGAGGUAUUUGGAAAUAUCAUGACAGAAUACAGUUAUCCUGAAUGUACAACAGCUGUCUUGAUGGGUCUUCGUAGUUUUAUCAAGAUAGAUCCUGAUUAUCGUCGUGCUGAAAUUGAUGAAACCUGUCGUCGUUCCUUGCUUUACAUUAAGGAUGUUCAAAAUGAAGAUGGUUCAUGGUACGGUGCUUGGGCUAUCUGCUACACAUAUGCUGCCAUGUUCGCAUUACAAAGUUUAGCUAGUGUAGAUGAAUACUAUGAGACAUCUGAAUAUGCAAGACGUGGCUGUGACUUUUUAAUCCAACAUCAAGAGGAAGAUGGAGGUUGGGGGGAGACUUAUAAAUCAUGUGAACUACAUGUGUAUUCUCAUAAUGAAAAAUCACAGGUAGUGAAUACAGCCUUUGCUGUCAUGGCUUUAUUAGAAGCCAAAUAUCCUCAUAAAGAACCUAUUCGUCGUGGUAUUGAAUUUAUCAUGAAACGACAACAACCCAAUGGUGAAUGGUUACAAGAAAGUAUUGAAGGCGUCUUUAAUAAGAAUUGUAUGAUAUCCUAUCCAAAUUAUAAAUUCGCCUUUACUAUUUGGGCUCUUGGUAAAUAUGCCAACGUGUAUGGCGAUACUAUUGAUAAAUAAAAUAGAUCACGUUUUUUUCUAUUUUUUUUUUUUUUUUUU